AGCAAACCAAGAUGGCGGCUGUUGUUGAGAAUGUUGUUAAACUGCUGGGAGAGCAGUACUACAGAGAUGCCAUGGAGCAGUGCCAUAACUACAACGCCCGGCUAUGUGCCGAGAGGAGUGUUCGAAUGCCCUUCCUGGACUCUCAGACUGGAGUGGCGCAGAGCAACUGUUACAUUUGGAUGGAGAAGAGACACAGGGGACCAGGCGUGGCUCCAGGACAGUUGUACACCUACCCAUCCCGCAGGUGGAGGAAGAAACGACGAACCCACCCCCCAGAGGAUCCCCAGCUCGUCUUCCCUCCUCUAAAGUCAGAGCUGGACUUGGGGUUAAAGAAGGAUUCCCUGUCCUCUGAUGGCAGCAGUCUGGAGGCCCUGCUGAAGGGAGAACCCCUGGACAAACGGGUUCCUCCGGAGCUCCGAGGGCCUGAGGAGGAGUCCAGUCUGACAGACUACACUGGUGGGGCGGUCACCCCUGCAGCACGUGUCAGAAAGAGAGUCCUGGAGCCAGAUGACUUCCUGGAUGACUUGGAGGAUGAGGACUAUGAGGAGGACACCCCAAAAAGAAGAGGCAAAGGAAAGGGAAAGCGUGUUUGUCCGCAGGGUCGUGGAGUAAGCAGUGCCAAGAAGAAGCUGGACGCUGCGGCGGCUGCGCUGGAGGACAAGGACAAGCCCUACUCCUGUGACAUCUGUGGGAAGCGUUACAAGAAUCGUCCGGGCCUGAGUUACCACUACACCCACUCCCACCUGGCUGAGGAGGAGGGAGAGGACAAGGAGGUGCCUGAGGUCCACACCCCCACUCCGCCCCAGCCUGAGGAGCCUAAGACACCCAAGAAAGGUCCAGAUGGUUUGGCGAUACCCAAUAACUACUGUGACUUCUGCCUGGGAGACUCUGCCCUCAACCAGAAGACGGGCCAGUCAGAGGAGCUGCAGUCCUGCUCAGACUGUGGACGUUCAGGCCACCCAUCCUGCCUGCAGUUCACCCCCGUGAUGAUGGCUGCAGUGAAGACCUACCGCUGGCAGUGCAUCGAGUGCAAGUGCUGCAACAUCUGUGGCACCUCAGAGAACGACGACCAGCUUCUGUUCUGUGAUGACUGUGAUAGAGGCUAUCACAUGUACUGUCUCAGCCCCCCUAUGGCUGAACCUCCAGAAGGGAGCUGGAGCUGCCAUCUGUGUCUGGACCUAUUGAAAGACAAGGCGUCAAUAUACCAGACCCGUAAUGUCCCUCCGUCGUGAUGGACCCCCAUCCUCACAUACCCACAUACCCUCCUUCCACAGUGAGGUUCUCUCUCUGGUCAGUAGAGUGGAGGGGGUGGGACAGAUGACUUGUGAAAAGGGAAGUGUACCUUACCAGCCCCCCCCCCCCCCCCCCCCCCCCCGCUGAAACAUGCUUAGGUUUGGUUGUUCUAUGACUGUUACACAGUUCCAAGCUCAAGUGACCCAUGUAGGCUUUUGUUUUCAACUAUUUGUCAAUAUAUCAAACUCAACGUGUAAUAUCCUGAACUUGACAAUACAUCAAGUAUGUUUCCUUAAAAGUGGCUUAAACCACAAAUAGCUUUUACCAGCCAAAGUACACACAAUCUCACAUACAGACACACAUACAGUGCAUUCGGAAAGUAUUCAGACCCCUUCACUUUUUCCACAUUUUGUUACGUUACAGCCUUAUUCUAAAAUAGAUUAUAAAAAUACAAUUUCCUCAUCAAUCUACACACAAUACCCCAUAAUGACAAUGCAAAAGGUUUUUAGACGUUUUUGCAAAUUUUGUAAAAAAAACAACUGAAAUACCGUAUUUACAUAAGUAUUCAGACCCUUUGCUAUGAG